GAUAACAUGUCCAACAUCAAACUGUACACCGCCAAGUUAAGUCCGCCAGGCCGGGCCGUUGAAUUGACUGCCAGCCUGCUGGGAUUGCAGCUAGAGAUCGUUCCGAUCAACCUACUAGCGGGUGAUCACCGGAAGCCAGAGUUUUUGAAGCUAAACCCUCAGCACACCAUACCGAUCAUCGAUGACGGUGGCAUCGUGAUUCGUGACAGCCAUGCCAUCAUCAUCUAUCUUGUGCAGAAAUACGGCAAGGAUCUUGCUCUGUAUCCCGAGGAUCCGGUCAUUAGGGCAAAAAUCAAUGCUGCGCUUCACUUCGAUUCCGGUGUACUGUUCUCUCGAUUGCGGUUCUAUUUCGAACCGAUCCUGUACGGUGGAUCAUCGGAGCGUCCCCAACACAAGAUCGAGUACAUGAGGAAGGGCUACGAACUGUUGAACGAUGCACUGGUCGAUGAUUACAUUGUUGGCAAUAGCCUGACCUUGGCCGAUUUAAGUUGCAUCGCGACGAUUGCUACGAUGGAAGCCUUUUUCCCACUCGAAGAUCGCAGCAACUAUCCGAAACUAUUUGCCUGGAUUGAGCGAAUCAGCCAGCUGCCGGACUACGAUCGGCUCAAUCAACAGGGAGCCAUCGAGUUUGCUGAGAUUUGCGAAUCGCUGCGGCUAAGCAACGGUUCCAAGGCAAACCACAUACUAGAACACACCAUGGCAGCAACAACUCAAUCGAAGCUGAUUCUGUAUUACGACGAUGUCAGUCCUCCGGUAAGAAGCGUCAUGCUAGCGGUGGCCGCCUUGGAUCUGAAGGAUCGUAUCGAAUACAAGUACGUCAACCUGUUUGCUGGAGAACAUUUGAAGAGUGAUUUCGUCAAAUUAAAUCCACUCCAUACGGUUCCGGUACUACGGCACGAGGCAGAGGACCUAACGAUUACCGAUAGUCAUGCCAUUUUGCUGUAUCUCUGCGAAACGUUCGCAUCCGCUGGUGAUGAUUUAGCCAUCGCUAGCUCUGUUGCGAGAGCAAGUGUUACCAAUCGGCUCUGCUUCAACAACGGGUUCCUGUUUCAGCGUGAUGCGGAAGUCAUGCGUAAAAUCUUUCGCGGAGACAUCGCAGAAAUAACCGCGGACAUCACGAAACCUCUCGCCGAGGCGAUCGAUGUGGUGGAGCAGUAUCUACAGAGUACGAAGUAUGUUGCCGCUGAUCAUCUCACUGUGGCCGAUUUUUCCCUAGUGGCCACCGUUAGCACGCUCGAUCUCAUUUUGCCAAUCGACGGUGUCCGUUGGCCACGUGUCCACGAGUGGUUCGAAGUGAUGCGAGCCUUACCGUACUACGAGCAGGCUAAUCAAGUUGGACUGGGGAAACUGCGAGCUAAGUUGUGCACAAAAAUUGCUAUUUGAAUGUCACGAA